AUGGAUCUCAACCCCGUAGCAAAGUUCUCGGAAAAGGUCAAUGGAGAGCCCAAAGAACCGAAGAGCCUCCAACCGCAGCUCAUGGCGCUUCAGCUUUUGCCGAUCCGUCCAGACGAUGGUUUGCUACUGGCAUCCCUCCGGUCCGCAAACGCAUCCUCGUCCCACGUGCGAGCCAUCUAG